GGCCGUGCCGGGGCGGCGGCGCCCCGGGGAAGGGACGGAGGCGGGGGCUCGGGGGGGGCCGCUGGUAUUCUCCUCGGAGUUGAGCCCGGAGGGAAGGCAGGAGGAAAACAACAAGUAGUUGGCGCCGCGGGAGGAGGAGGGGAGCCGCUUUCUGCCCCCUGGCUCAGGCGCAGAAGCUCUCCCCCCCCCCGGACCCGCCCGUUCUGCCCCCUCCCCAGUCAUGUCCCACCCGGAGCGAUGGGGAAGCUCGAGGACAACGAGAGGGUGAUCCUCAACGUGGGGGGCACGCGGCACGAGACCUACCGCAGCACCCUGAAGACCCUGCCGGGGACCCGCCUGGCCCUGCUCGCCUGCGAGUCCCGCGGCGAGUCCCCCGGCGCCGAGGAGCCGUCGCCGCCGCCCCCCAACCCGCCGCCCCUGGCCGGGGGCUGCCCGGAGCCCGGCAGCGGCUGCGGCCCCCGGGUCGGGGGCGGCGGCGGGGCCAGCGAGUUCUUCUUCGACCGCCACCCGGGGGUCUUCGCCUAUGUGCUCAACUACUACCGCACCGGCAAGCUGCACUGCCCCGCCGACGUCUGCGGGCCGCUCUUCGAGGAGGAGCUGGCCUUCUGGGGCAUCGACGAGACCGACGUGGAGCCCUGCUGCUGGAUGACCUACCGCCAGCACCGCGACGCCGAGGAGGCGCUCGACAUCUUCGAGGCGCCCGACCUGCUGACGGGCGAGCCGCCCCCCGACGGCGACGACGACGACCUGGCGGCCAAGAGGCUGGGCAUCGAGGACGUGGGGGCUGCCGCCGGGGCCGCCGACGGCAAGGGGGGCCGCUGGAAGCGGCUGCAGCCCCGCGUCUGGGCUCUCUUCGAGGACCCCUACUCCUCGCGGGCCGCCAGGUUCAUUGCCUUUGCCUCUUUGUUCUUCAUCCUAGUUUCAAUCACAACCUUUUGCCUGGAAACACAUGAGGCUUUCAAUACUAUUAUAAAUAAAACUGAGCAGGUUGUCAAUGGAACAGAAACUGUACUACAAUAUGAAAUUGAGACAGAUCCUGCCCUGACAUACGUGGAAGGAGUCUGCGUGGUAUGGUUUACAUUUGAAUUUUUAGUGCGUGUUGUUUUUUCCCCCAACAAACUUGAAUUCAUCAAAAACCUCUUGAAUAUCAUUGACUUUGUGGCCAUCCUGCCCUUUUACCUAGAAGUGGGCCUGAGUGGGCUCUCCUCCAAAGCUGCUAAGGAUGUACUUGGUUUCCUCAGGGUGGUAAGGUUUGUGAGGAUCCUGCGAAUCUUCAAGCUCACACGGCACUUUGUGGGCCUCAGGGUACUGGGCCACACUCUGCGAGCCAGCACCAAUGAAUUUUUGCUGCUGAUAAUAUUCUUGGCACUUGGUGUUUUGAUAUUUGCCACCAUGAUCUACUACGCAGAGCGGGUGGGAGCUCAGCCCAAUGACCCAUCAGCAAGUGAGCACACACAGUUCAAAAAUAUCCCUAUUGGCUUCUGGUGGGCUGUAGUUACCAUGACCACCCUGGGGUAUGGGGACAUGUAUCCACGGACUUGGUCAGGCAUGCUGGUGGGAGCCCUAUGUGCGUUGGCAGGGGUGCUUACCAUAGCCAUGCCUGUGCCUGUGAUUGUUAACAAUUUUGGGAUGUACUACUCCCUGGCCAUGGCAAAGCAGAAACUGCCGAGGAAGAGGAAGAAGCACAUCCCUCCAGCUCCUCAAGCUAGCUCUCCUACCUUCUGCAAGACGGACUUGAACAUGGCCUGUAAUAGCACACAAGGGGACAUCUGCCUUGGCAAGGACAACCAGUUGAUGGAGCACAACAGAUCAUCAGUGUUAUCAGGUGAAGACAGUGCAGGAAGUGAGCAGCCACUCUCACCUGGUGAAAGGCUCCCUCCCAUCAGACGCUCUAGUACCAGAGACAAAAACAGAAGAGGGGGAACAUGUUUCCUACUGACAACAGGUGAUUACACGUGUGCUACUGAUGGAGGGAUCAGGAAAGAUAACUGCAAAGAGGUUGUCAUUACUGGUUACACGCAAGCAGAAGCCAGAUCUCUUUCUUAAUGGCUUGGGGAAGGCACAAAACAUGCAAGAAAGUGUUGUACAGAAUUUAUCAUGGAUUUUUGACUGCUGAAAAAGGGACAAUGGAAUUUAGCCAUACCAAGGACUGUACUGGAAAGAGACUGCUGCUGCUGAAUGGGCCCUGAUAAACAGCUCACACCCUGAGGAGGUCACU